GGUAGCCGCCUCUCUCCACUUCCUUCCCCCAUAAAUACGCCUCUCUGUUCCUUUCGUGGGCGAGACAAUCCCCGUGAUCGAGAGAAAAAAAACCAUGAGAGAGAGAAAAAAUCAUCUGGGUUGAUUGAGAUUUAAUCCAAACAUUCAUCUCAAGUGCUGAUUUGAUUUCUUGUUCAGAUUCAGUAAACGGGCUUUGUUGAUGGUCAUCUAAAUUUUCUGUCUCUUAUUUGUGUGCGUACUUGUUUGUCGUGAAAGGGAAAAAAAAAACAGAGCAAGCAGAAAGACAAGGUGGGGGAAUUUUUGUUCUUGUCGGGGAGAAAAUGAAGUUCUGUAAGAAGUACGAGGAGUACAUGCAGGGACAGGAGAGGAAGAAUCUUCCUGGAGUUGGGUUUAAGAAUCUGAAGAAGAUUCUGAAGAAAUGCAGGCGAGAUUUUUCUGCUCCGAUGGAUUUGAGUGAAGCACUCGAUCGCCGUGAAAAUUGUCCACGACAAUGCCCAGUUUGUGAUGGAACCUUCUUCCCGGAACUGCUGAGGGAAAUGGAGAAGGUGGUGGGAUGGUUCAACGAGAAUGCCCGGAAGCUGCUGGAGCUGCAUUUGGCUUCUGGUUUCAGAAAGUAUCUGAUUUGGUUCAAAGGUGAUCAUCGUCAACGUAACCAUAUGGCCUUGAUUCAAGAAGGCAAGGAUCUUGUCUCUUAUGCCCUCAUUAACGCUGUCGCCAUCCGCAAAAUCCUCAAGAAAUAUGACAAGAUUCAUGAGUCCAAACAAGGGCAGGAGUUCAAAACCAAAGUCCAGAGAAUGCACAUCGAAAUCCUGCAGUCACCAUGGCUCUGCGAGCUCAUGGCAUUUCACAUCAACCUGAGGGAAACUCAGAAAAAGUCGGGAUCGGAACAUUCAACCCAUCCUUCUGCACUGUUCAAGGGCUGCUCGCUGAUGUUCAACGAUGGGAAGCCUUUCCUUUCAUGCGAGCUCUUUGAUUCUGUAAAGGUUGACAUUGACCUGACUUGUUCCAUCUGCCUGGACACAGUGUUUGAUCCGGUGUCUCUAACCUGCGGUCACAUAUUCUGUUACAUGUGUGCUUGUUCUGCUGCAUCAGUAAGCGUAAUCGAUGGCUUGAAAUCCGCAGAGCCGACGGAGAAAUGCCCUCUUUGCCGUGAGGUUCAUGUCUAUGAAGGGGCAGUACACUUGGACGAGCUCAGUAUCCUGCUGAGACGAAGAUGCAGAGGAUACUGGGAAGAGAGGAGAAGAACGGAGAGAGCAGAGAGGAUUCAGCAAGCGAAAGAGUACUGGGACUUGCAGUGCCGCACCUUCAUGGGCAUAUAAACUCUUGGUCUGACGAAAAGAAACAAACCCAAGUCUGCAUGGCUGUCUGGACAGCAGAAACCUCUUCACGAAUAAGCUGUCAAACUCAUGAUAUCGUGCUUGUCUGUUCUGUUGUGAGAUGGUGAUUGCUUCUGAUGUGACGAUUUGCUCAAAAAAUGGUUUUGUCA